AUCCAUUUAUCGAUUUUACUCGACAAUUUGUAAAAAAAAAAUAAUAAUUAGAUAACUUUAAAUAAAAUAAAUAAUGUCGUGGACUAAGGAGAUUAUUUUGUGUUUUUUAUUUGUGAGUGUCAUCGACUGCUACAACAUCAAGAUUUUCGAUUCUUCAACAUUCGAUAGUCUUCCGAUUAUCCACACUCAUACAAAACAACUUAUCGAACUGUGUUUUGCUGACCGGAUGAAUCCUGUCGCCGUAAUGCCAGAAUUCAGUGACAUCACUACGGAAAUCAGUAAAAAUGAGGACAUAGACUCGUCAGUCAUCAUGAUCAAUAGUGACUUGAAAUCUGAUCUGCCGAAAUACUAUCCGAAAUUACGAUCGAACACAUAUUUUCGGGCCUAUCCAACGUACAUUCUAUCAGAUGACUCGAUCGACACAAUAAAAGCUAUUCAGUCGUAUCCCAUAAAAGAGUCCAUUAUGUGGAACGUCCUCUCGCUGCAUUUGAUAAUUGGGAAAAAGUGCGGGAACGCGUCUCAAGCGUUGCAAGCGGCCUGGAAAGUAAAUGCGAUCACGUCUUUCUUCAUAUGUCAUAAUAAUUCCAGCGGACACUCGACCAUCUACACUUAUAAUCCAUACACGAACCGGGCACCGAAACGUUGGACUCCAGUCCAGAUCACCGACAAGCCAAACGAUAGAUGGACGCUGUACAAACAGCCCUUCGUUAACGAUGAAAAAAUUUGCAAAAGCUUGAAAUUUGACAAAUCCGAGUUCUUAGACGGCUAUCCAAUAAAAGGGCACGUAAUGACUAGAAGUAAAAGAAAAGACAAGACCAACAAUACUUUAGCUUUUGACGAUCUAAAAAAAAAUACGUGUCUAUUCUAUGAAAAUCUAUUUUCAGCCUUAAAUGUAACUCCGGUUCUUGAUAAGUAUGAGAAUAUUCAAGGGCUUUCGAAAGCAAUCGCUAAUGACUCAUUCGAUAUGGUGAUACAUAAUCCUCAGUUAUUGCAUCAAUAUGACAAAUAUAUGUUUGGAGAUCCAAUGGCCUUCUACCAAGAAGGUGGUUUCAUUAUAGUCACACAGAAACAAAGCACACUAUCGGUACUAGAGCAAGUGGCCAACGUUUUCUUCACCAAACACAAUAUAAUAAAGACGUCUGUUAUUCUGACCGUGAUAUUUUUUAUGAUUUUUCUGAAUCACCGUUACGACUUUUUCUUGGCUGCUUUAGAUCUCUUGGCACUGAUUCUUAACAUGGGAAUAUCGGCUCCCAUCGAUAGAAUGUCGAUGCGCAUCACUUUCGUGACCGCGGCUAUAUUUGUAUUUUUUUUCAAUCCGGAGUUGCAGGGACAACUUACUUCGGCUUUGUCUAGACCUGCGCGUAAAAAUGUUAACACAUUAGAAGACUUACGAGACGGCAAAUAUAUAAUUUAUGUUUACGCGAGAAAUACUUAUGAUGAAUUAAAAGACAGUCAAUUAUGGCCAGAUGGCGAUUUUGAAAAAUAUGUCCUAGCUGACUUUAGUUAUCAUUACUGUCUGGAACACGUUGUGAAAAAUUCUUCACUCGCUUGUAUUAUCGAUCAGAGUGCGUACAAAGACAUUGAUAGCAAUCUAUAUCUAUCCAAAGAGUUUUCAAAAUCCUAUAACGUUUUUGCGCUCCGGAAGACGUCGCCGCUGAAAUAUAAGAUCGAUCACGCAGCCCUAAAAAUGGCCGAGGCCGGUUUCACGAGUUACCUGGAAAGACGCAAUCACUAUAGAAAGUUCUUGAUGAAAAAGAAAAAACUUGAUCGAAUCAAGAGACGUGAAGAAAAUGACCAAUUAGAUCUAGAGGAUUUUAAUUUCUUUUUAUUGUGUACUGCACUUUGUGUUCUUUUGCUGGUUUCGAUUCUUGUGAUUGAAUUGAUUAUUAAAAAAAUUCAUGACUAUCAUAAAAGACGUUUGCGCGAAUUAGAGUUGAGGAAAUUGAUGGUCAGUAAAAAAAUUGCGGAGAUCGUUUGGCGGAUUGCGAUUGUCACGGAACAAAUUUAA